AUGGCCGAGCCCAAACCCAAUUCCCAACAAAGGAAACCACUUUUCAAACCAACCCUAAUAAUCCAUGGUGGCGCAGGCGCCCUCAAAAGAUCCACCCUCCCCCCAUCCCUCUACAAUCAAUACCAAACCUCCCUGCUCACCUACCUCCGCUCCACGCACUCUCUCCUUAAGUCCGGCUCCACAGCCCUCGAUGCCGCAGUCCACGCCGUAACACUCCUCGAAGACGAUGAGCUCUUCAAUUGCGGUCGCGGAAGCGUCUUCACCACCGCCGGAACCAUUGAAAUGGAAGCCUCUCUCAUGGUGACGUCCCUCGUCUCCGAUGAUUCUUCCCCCGAUUACCCAGGGUCGAUCAAGAGGGGCGCAGGCGUCAUGGGGUUGAAGAACGUUCGGCACCCGAUUCUGGCCGCUAAGGAGUCACUCCUACGGACCGGAAAUGGCAGUCAGGACGGGGGCAGCAUGCAUUCGCAGCUUGUGGCGCCGUAUGUGGAGGAGAAGGCUAGGGAAUGGGGACUGGAGUUCAUGGAUGAUGAGUGGUUCUGGACGCAACGACGGUGGGACGAGCAUCUACGGGGUUUGCAGGGGGAGCCUGAGCCGGUCAGUUUCAGUCAGGGGACGGUUGGGUGUGUGUGUCUUGAUAUGUGGGGUGGGGUGGCUGUUGCGACUAGUACUGGGGGGUUGACGAACAAGUGGCCUGGGCGGAUUGGGGAUACGCCGACUUUGGGGGGUGGGUUUUGGGCGGAGGAGUGGGAGGUUCAGUGUGAUACUGUAGAUGAUGGUGAGGGGGCUGAUGGGGGAGGGUUGUUGGAUGGGAUGUUGGGGGAUUGUUUGUCGUUCUUUAAUAGCAGGGGAAGAAGUGGGGACUAUGUGUCUCUACCUAUGGAGGUUCCCCUGGAGAGGGGACUAAAGGAGAAGAUGGUGAUGUGUUCUAGUCCGGAGAAUAGAGUCAAGAGACGGGCUGUUGCUGUUUCGGGUACCGGGAAUGGGGAUUCUUUUCUGAGGGUUGCGGCGGCAAGGACGGCUUGUGCUAUGGUUCGUUUUUCGGAGCGGAUGCCCACGUUGGCUGAUGCUGUUACCGCGGUUGCUGGGCCGGGUGGUGAGUUGCAGCGUUCGGCUGGGAGGCGUUGGGGGCUUACCGGGGAGGGUGGAGGGGGUAUUAUUGGGAUUGAGGCGGAGGUGGAAGUGGAUGAAGAUACGGGAGUGCCUGUAUCUGGGAUGGAGCUGGGACGGGGUAAGGUGGUGUUUGAUUUCAAUUGCGGAGGGAUGUGGAGGGCGUGGGUGGAGGAAGAUGGCGAUGGGAACGAUAUGGAGAAUGUGAUGGUCUUUAGAGAGCCAUACUAA